AUAUUAUCUAGAGUCCCGACCGGUACCCGUCCUACCUGAAACACCCUCAAAUUUUAUUCGAGGUGAACUCUCCCAAAUUCGAGGUGAACUCUCUCAAAUUCGCUGUCGGUGAAUACAUGUGAGUGGAGAAAAAAAAAGCAAAAAAGUCAUUCCUGUCAAAAAUGACAAUCAAUUUUGCAAAACAAAACAAUGGGUUUCUGAUUUUAAGAGUAAGUUUUUGUUAAUUGUUUUGAUUUUUAAUAUAAUUUGAUAUUUUUCAGACCAAAAUUCUUUAUAAUGAAGAGGGUAUAUACAAGUUCACUUCAUUGAAUAAAAAGUAAGUCAAAUUGCAGUGAAGGAGGUGCAACAAUAAUGGAUUUAUUUUAUAGUCUGUCUUUUCAUUUUAGAUAGUGCCAAAAUACAGCAAGCAAUUUCCUUUAAGUAAUUUGGAAGGCAAACCAAACAAGGCGCUGAUUUGCAGGUAAGUUUUUUGUAUAUUAUAUUGCUCUUAACAAAAUAAUAUCAAUGUUUUUAACUACAGAUACUUCCCAUUGUUUUUGUAUGUACUUCUCAACGGCAAUAGCUGCCGCAGGCUGUGACGGCGGAGGUGUCACCAUCAAAACCAUUACAAACAACACCACCAAGUCAAUGAUGCAAGUGGAAGUUUUGCCAUGUAAUAGUCGACCGCUGACGCCCUUCUCCAUCAAUUAUGUAAGUACGUUUUGAAACAUUCAUAUCGUAGUCAACUAGCUUAAUCUUCAUCUUCUAGGUGUAAAGAGUACUACCGGUCUGCAGUUCUGCAAGAGACGCAAUAAAAACAAGAAUGCAAUCGCAGGAAUACUCAAAAAAAUUUCCAACCGUGACUGUAAUUGAGUUUAAAUUUUAAAUCUACAACAAAUCCAUUUAGUUUGGUCCUAAGAAUCACACUGGCUUAACGGUGGCAAUCAUUCGGGGGCAAAUGAGCUGGCCCGACAAGAAUCCCCAAGAAGCCAAACAGAUUCAGAUCAGUCUCUCGGCAGCUACUGACGAUGUCGGCGAGUUGAAUCCAUCGAUUUUCACACAGAAAAUCAACAUCAAAAAAAUCACUACUCGUAGCGGAAGCGAUCUCUGCGUUGUCGACAAUGCGAACCGAAUGUCAUCAAGCCGGAGUACCAACCGGGGCUCUUGCAUUGUAACAGUGUGCGAACAUCAGUGUAAAUGCGAGGCAGCGGCUACUGCUGCCGCCGAAGCUGACACCGCCUACAUAGAAGAGUUUUGUAUGUACUAUUUUAGAAUUCCUGCAAUUUUAAGAAACUUAAAGGCUGACAAAAUAGAAGCUGAAUUAAAGGAAUUCCUAAUGCCUAUUGAAUCACAAAAGCUUCUGUUUAGAAGUAACUGGCAUCGAUACAAGAAUGCCCCUACCAAUUGCCCUAAUGAUGUUCCAAGAGUUGCUGCGCAAAUAGUAGCGAGCCGGCAACCUUCACGUAGUGAGAAUAUCAGAUUGGAAUUUUCUUCGUAAAAGAAUGAUGGCAAGACUACUUCAAAUUACAAAUCAAAAUGAAGCUUAGUCGAUUUGACUUCUGCCGUUCAGUUGAUUUGACGAUAUGCUAAGAAUCUUUCCGUGAUUAGUAAAGAUUCGUCGUGGCGUACCUAGUUUUUAAGUGAGGUUUUAAUUUUUUCAAAAUUGUAUGUAAUUGGGUAUAAUUUUUGUUUUUAAAAUUCAAUUCCAUUAUAGAUUAUAGGUUUUAAAAUGUAUAUUACAGCUCCCAAAUUGAGUGAAAUUAAAUCUAAGUAUAAAUUGAAAAUAAAGUGAAAUUGUUUUCAGGGUUCUAUCAUUAUAUGAAAUUGUAUAUUAAAAAAACAUUUUGAUUGACUGUUA